GCCUUCCGGUGCGCAUGCGCAUGCUCAAAAUUAGAAGAUCUUCCAGUACAGCAGUACAAAUGGACGAGUUUAUAAAAUCUCAUUUUAACAGAGGCUAUGUCUACAAGGAAAUACUUGUUUUAUUAAAAUCGGAUAUGGGUGUAGAUAUAAGCAUUCGUCAGCUUAAGAGGCAUUUAAACAGAUUGAACUUAAGGAGACGAAGCGUGUGGGGUGUUGAAGAGGUUCAAAAUGCUAUACAGAGUGAACUCUGUGGCAGCGGACGCAAUCUUGGCUGUCGUUCGAUGUCUCAAAGAUUACGGUCUCGACACGGAAUGUCUGUGGGAAGAAACAUGGUUCUUCAUCAGAUGAGAUUGUUGGAUCCAGAGGGUGUUGAAGCCAGACGCAGACAUAGACUCAUUAGAAGAAUAUAUCGCAACAAAGGUCCAAACUUUUUAGUUCACAUGGAUGGAUAUGACAAGAUAAAGCGCUAUGGGCUGGCAAUACAUGGUGCCAUAGAUGGGUACUCCCGGAGAGUUUUAUGGUUAAAAGUGAAUAGAACAAAUAAUGACCCUAAGGUGGUGGCAUCAUAUUUCCUCGAGUUUGUAACAGAAGCAAAAGGAGCACCAAGAUGCAUCAGAAUGGAUGCAGGCAGCGAGAAUGGUGUUGUAGCUAACAUGCAGAAGUCCUUCCGGUGGUUCCACGGGGAUGAGAUGGCAGGGGCGAAAAGUGUACUAAUUGGGAGUUCACCUUCAAACCAGAGGAUAGAGUGUUGGUGGAGGAGACUUCAUGAGAUGUGUAUUGCAGCAUGGCAAGAAAUUCUUGGUGACUUGGAAAGCAGAGGGAUAUUUUCUACCGCAAAUAACCUUCACAUGUGAGUUACACAGUUGUUACGAACUAUAUUUUAUGGCCAUAUCUUUAUGUAAGAGAUAUGCCCAUGUACCGUUUAAUAUUAUACUGACAAAAAGUACCUAUAUGGAAGUAGAUUUAUAGAACAGACGGAAUAGGGCUUGUUAUAAAAUCGUCUGCUCUGGCAGACGAAAGGAGCACCCAAUCCGAAACUAGAGUUAUCACAGGGGCGACGAACUAUACCCCCACAAUACGGCCUUGUUACAGAACUAGGCGAAUUUGCUUGACAUUUGGCCUACUGACCACAAAAUCAAUAGGGGUCACCUGCUGGUCAUGAGCGUUUUCAAGUUAUUGUCUGGAAAAGUUUUAGAUGUUCCAAGUCACUUGACCUCAAAAUCAAUAGGGCUGGUCAUGACUAACCUCCCUAUUACGUUUCCUGAUCCUAGGCCCAAGCGUUCUGAAGAUAUCGUCCGAAAACAGUUAAACUGUUCCAUGUCACUGCGACCUUGACCUGUGAGCUACUGACCUCAAAAUCAAUAGGGGUCAUUUACUGGUCAUGAUCAACCUCCUAUCAAUUUUCAUGAUCCUAGGCAAAAGCGUUCUCAAGUUUUCGUCCGGAAACCAACUGUUUUGGGUCAUUGUUACCUUGACCUUUGACCUACUGACCUCAAAAGCAAAUUUAACUUGUACUUUAUUAUGUAACACAUGUGUACUAAAAUUUAUGAUCCUAGGCCCAAGCGUUCUCAAGUUAUCAUCCGGAAACCGUUCAACUGUUCCGGGUCAUUGUGACCUUGAGCUAUAACAUACUGACAAUUUUUAAGUCAAACUUGACCUGUGUUUCAUGAUGUUACAUCUGUGUAUCAAAAUUUAUGAUCCUAGAUCAAAGCAUCCUCAAGAUAUCAUCCGGAAACCGCUUAAUUGUUCAGGGUCAUUGUGACCUUGAACUUUGACCUAUUGACCUUCGAACAUGAUCUAUUUCAUGAUGUUACAUCUGUUUUCCAAAAUUUAUGAUCCUAGGCAAAAGUGUUCUCAAGUUAUCAUCUCAUCGAGAAACCGUUUAACUGUUCAGGGUUAUUCUGACCUUGACCUACUGACCACAAAAUCUUGAUCUGUAUUUUCGACCUGUGUAAUGAAAUCAUUUAAAUUUGUCAAGCCUUUCACGAGUUAUUGUUCGGAAUCCAUGAAAACCAACGGACCGUCAAGCUCACUUCUAUAUACCAGCCUCAACCCCCGCCGCCGAAAACUUCGUUUUGUGUGGGUAUAAAAAUCAUAAUGUUUCACCAUGUAAGACUUUCAGCAGGGGAAGUGUGCUAUUAUGGGCGUUCGUUUCCUUAUUUCCUGAUUUUUGCAUUCCAUUUCUCUGACCACCACCAUCCACAAUAUCAUUCAUAGGUGUUAACUGUUCAUUCUUCGCACUCGUGAGUUCUCAGACAUUGUAAGUUUCACGAAAAACAUUCUUAUACUAGUAUACAUUUAUAAAGAUAUAUAUUUAUUAUUCACUACAAAUCUUCUCUUGAUGUGUUUUUUUAACUUACUUUACUUGGCGGCACUGCUUUCAUUUUUAUUUUCUUCUUAUCUAAUUAGUUAUGUAUAAUUCAUAUGACAAUUUUGUCAAAAAAAAAUUUUUUUUUCUUCUUAUCCGUUUUCGUUUUUGUUUCUUUCUAUUCAUUUUUAUCUCCCUUCAUGUCUUAUCAAUAAGAGUAACAGACUUGCAAUGUUCGCAUUUUUAUAUCAUGUGUUAUUAUGUUUACUUUAGUCUAAAUCUGUUAUUACAUAUGUGACAUAAUAACAAUAUUGUUUCCUUAAAUGUAAUCCAACGCCUUCCCGUACUUUUCUCACAAGUUUUUAGGGUUUUAGUGCGCGGAUUACAAAUAACAUUUAUUCUUUCACGUCUUAUACAUAAUUUUAUCUUAUCUUAAUCUCUGUUCAUUGUACUACAUAC